AUGUCUACUGAAUACCUUCACCCUCUUGACCCGGCCACGGCCGACGAGAUUCAGCGGGCCACUGACCUGAUCAAGAAGCUGUUCUCGCCUGUCGAGCUGCACUUCAAGGCCGCUGGUCUGGACGAGCCCCCCAAGAAGGAGCUGGUCCGAUACCUCGAUGCGGAGCACAAGGGCCUUCCCCUGCCCCUGCUUCCCCGAUGCAUUUUUGCCAUUUGGUACAUUAAGCGUACUCCUCGUCUGUUCGAGGCUGUGGUUGAUGUCACCAAUGGCAAGAUUGUCCAGCAUCAGGAACUUCCUCGGGACUUCCAUGGCCCCGUUGACCGUACCGAGCUGACCGAGGCGGCUGGCGUGGUCAUGGCCCACCCCGAUGUCGACAAGGAGUUCGCCCGUCUCGGACUUGACAAGUCUCAGAUUGUUCUUGACCCUUGGGACUAUGGUGUGGAUGGCACUGAUACACAGGCUCGCAUGACCCAGGUCUUCCUUUACAAGAAGAAUCCCAAGAACAAUGAUGUCGACUCCUCUCACUACUCUUUCCCUCUGGACUUCAUGGUCACUGUAGAUCUUUGUGCCAUGAAGGUCAAGAAUAUCGUUCGCCUUCCUCUCGGUUCAGAUGAGACCGUCACCCAAGGAAACGUCCCCCAGCCGGACUCUGACCCCGCUGAGCCUGAGUAUGACCACCGUCUUCAGAAGAACCCUCCUCGUACCACCAUGAAGCCCUACAAUGUCAUCCAGCCUGAGGGUGCCUCAUUCACCAUGAAGGGUCAUCUGAUUGAGUGGGAGAAGUGGCGAUUCCGAGUUGGCUUCAACUGGCGAGAGGGUAUCACCAUCCAUGAUGUUCACUUCAUGGACCGCAGCGCCUUUUACCGCCUGUCUCUCUCUGAGAUGUUUGUCCCCUACGGCGACCCUCGUAGCCCCAUCUACCGAAAGGGUGCCUUUGAUCUUGGCAACGUCGGUGCUGGUGUCACCGCCAACAACCUUCAGCUUGGGUGCGACUGCCUUGGUGUCAUUAAGUACGUCGACGGCUGCGUUGUCGCUGCUGACGGAACCCCUGCUCCUCGUCCCAACGCCAUCUGCAUCCACGAGGUCGACCAAGGCAUCCAGUGGAAGCACACCAACCACCGAACCGGUAAGGCGGUCGUCGUCCGCAAGCGACAGCUUGUUCUUCAGCAGAUCAUCACUGUUGCCAACUACGAGUACAUCUUUGCCUGGAUCUUUGACCAGAACGGAGAGAUCUCCUUCGAGACCCGAGCUACUGGUAUCCUCUCCACUCAGCCCAUUGACAAGGAGUCCAAGGUUCCUUGGGGAACUCGCGUUGCCGAUGGUGUCAUGGCUCCUUACCAUCAGCACCUGUUCAACGUCCGUAUCGACCCUGCUGUCGAUGGCCACCAGAACUCUUUCGUCUACUCUGACUCUGUUCAGAUGCCUUGGGACGAGAAGCUGAACCCUCUGGGUACAGGCUACGUCAGCAAGGAGACCACUGUCAACCGAGCUGGUGCUGUUGAGGACAGCCUUGCCGACGGCCGUGUCUUCAAGAUUGUCAACCCCAACGUGGAGAACAGGGUCUCCUUGACCCCCACUGGCUACAAGCUCGUGCCAAUCCGCUCUCAGAUGCUCCUCGCUCAGCCUGGCUCCUGGCACUGGCGACGAUCCGAGUUCUGCGAGUCCCCCAUCUGGGUCACCAAGUACAAGGACCGUCAGCUGUUCCCUGCUGGUGACUACACCAACCAGUCCAUCGGUGGACAGGGCAUCAAGACCUGGGUCAAGGAUCGGGAUUACGUCGUCAACGACGACAUUGUCAUCUGGCACACCUUCGGGUUCACCCACAACCCCCGAGUCGAGGACUUCCCCGUCAUGCCCGCUGAGAUUGCCGCUUUCCACUUGAAGCCGUACAACUUCUGCGAGUAUAACCCCACCAACGAUGUGCCACCCUCGAACCAGGAGUUCAACAAGAGCACCAGCUACGAGGAUGCGAACAAGGGCUCUUGCUGCACCACCAAGGGCCGGUUGUAA